AUGGGUCGUGGCAUCUUCGCGGGCAAGGCGGCCUUCGCCAACGCCACCCCCAGGCUGAUGCUCUACUGCGUCGUAUACGCCAUGGGCAGCGUCUUCUUCGGCUACGAUGGCGCCUCCUUUGGCGGAGUCCAGGCCAUGACGCCCUUCAUGAGCAAGUUCGGAUCCUACAGCGCGGCGAAGAAGGCGUAUUAUCUCCCCAACCAGACGGCCAGUCUGAUGAAUAGUCUCCCGCUGCUGGGCAAGUUCACGGGGACGAUCAUCGUGGGCCCGAUUAUUGAGAAGAUUGGGCAUCGGAGGGCGAUGUUUAUCACUUGUUUUAUACAGAUUGUUGGGGCUAUUAUUCAGGUUACAAGUAAUCACGCGGCACAGUUCGUUACGGGUCGGUUUCUGGUGUACACGGCCGUCGGCCUCGUCGAGAACGUCGUCCCGACAUACCAAUCCGAGAUCGCCCCCGCCCCGCUACGAGGCUUCUUCGUCGGCUCCAUCCAGCUCUGUCUCACCUUCGGCUCUCUCAUCGCCGGCAUCGUCAACGAGUCCAUGUCCCGCCGGACCGACAGCUCGGGCUGGCAGGUCGCGACGGCGAUCCAGGCCCUGCCCGCCGUGGUUAUUCUCGCCGGGCUGUGGUUCACGCCCAACUCGCCGCGCUGGCUCGUGUUCAACGACCGCUCCGACGAGGCGCUUGCCGUGCUGAGGAAUGUGAGGAGGAAGGAAGACGUGGAUAAUGGCAGGCCCGAGAUGGAGAUUGCUGCUAUGAGGAACGAGGGACAGAUGGGGAAGAGGGAGAAGGGGCCUUGGAGGGAUUUGUUCAAUGAGAGGAUUCGGAGACGGACUGGGAUCGCUUGCACCAUCAUGGCGUUGCAACAACUCACCGGCGUCACCUUCUCCAGCUCGUACGGCCCGACAUUCUACAGAUCCGUCGGCUUGGCAGAGCACGCCUUCGUCUACGCGGUCGUCAACAACGCCACCUCCGUGGUGACGGCCAUGAUGGCCAUGGUCUUCCUCGACCUCUUCGGCCGCCGCGCCCUCGUCUUCCACGGCGGCUGGUCCCAGGGCGCCUUCCUGAUCGCCAUCGCCACCCUCGGCCGCAAGCCCAGCCCCAGCGCGCACGAGAGCAACGGCAUCGUCGCGGGCAUGCAGCUGUACACCUGCAUCCUGCACAUGACGCUGGGCCCGGGGGCGUACAUCACGGCCGCGGAGGUCGGCACGCAGAGCCUGCGCGAGAAGACGAUGGCGCUGUCGACCGCCCUCAACGUCGUCGUCGGCUUCGUCGUGGUGUUCGUCACGCCGUAUCUCCUGGCGGAGAUCGGCGCCGGGUUGGGGUAUAUCUGGGGCGGGUUCGCGUUUUUGACGUCGGUUUGGGCUUGGUUUUUCAUGCCUGAGCUGAAGGGCCGCAACCUGGAAGAAAUCGAUCAGCUUUUCGAGGCCAAGAUCCCGGCGUGGCAGUUCCACAAGUUCCAGACGGACGGCCUCAGUCACGACCUCGCCGUUCUGGAGGGCGGAAAGGCGGAUGCCAAGGUCGUGGGAGAGUUUGAGGAUGUCGAGGGUGCUGCUCCGGUUCCUACGCAGGAGGCUGCUAUUACGACCCAUAAGGUAUAA